GCUAAGAAUAGUACAUGUGUACACAAAUGUGAAAGUAAACCAAAAUGGCCUUCUAGUUGACAAGUAGGAAGGAUGCAUUAAUAACAUCUGAAUAAGAGAGUAAAUCAUUGAAAAUGCCAGCUGUAGCAUUGGCCAUGAUGUUGGUUCUAUCAGUCACUAUCUGCCAUGGAAAAACCUCGGUGACAUAUUUAUUUCCAACUGAUUCAUGUGUCUCUGAUCCAUAUCUUGUUGACGAAAAUACCAUAGCUUACAUGAAGUUUGAAGGUGAUUUCGGCAGCCCGGAAUGUAGAAAAAUGUCGUUCACAACUCCAAAAUCUGCUUUCUAUUCAUAUACAAUGUGCAUGAAAGAACUUAUUUACAGUAGCCAAAAUUGUCAUAGUACAAUUUACUUCAAAAGGUGUUGUUCUGAAUACAUCAACUAUGAUUAUAAUGCUCAGAUAUCAGGAGAUGGCUGUUCAGGAAACUCAUACAUGUUAUAUGGCAAUAACAGAAUGUUUUCACAAUGUUUAGACGAUGCUAGUCAUGUUUCAUUUGAGCUGCAAAAAUCACAAAGUGUUAAAAAUGGCUAUAACAGAUAUGACGACAGAAAACCGCAGGAAGUAAUUCCAGACAAACUAAAUGACACUUUUGAGUUUCAAAUUGAGACGAAAUGGGAUUAUAAUUAUGGCUUGAUUGGUGGAAUAACAGGUGGAAUUGUUGGGAUGUGUGUUCUCACAGGAGUAGGAAUUUUUUGUCGCCGUAGGAAACGCAAAACAGGAAAAUACUGUGGCACAUGUCCCACAUACAGACCCAAAUACUCGAGGUUCGUGACAGAGGGGUUAGCCCAAGGUUUCUCAGCAGAAUGUGCUGUAGCUGGCAUAUUGUUGUGUUCUUGCGUACUAUGUAGACGACAAAAAUGUAACGGACAGGAAGAAGAUAAAUGUGAAAAAGUUUCUAUGGAAACUGAUUGCACCUCAUCUGAUUCAGAGAAUAAAUGGGAAACCGUUUUGGGGUUAAAAGAUCCUGACACAGCGCCACUUCUCCAGUGUGACAGCUAAAACAGCACAUAUGAAGAUUCAGAAAAGAAACAUGAUUGCUUAAAAUGAGAAAACUUCAUUUAUCAUGUUUAUAUCUCCUUAUUUAGUAUUCUUUCCACACUGCACAUAAAAUUACAAUUAUAAAUGUUUAUCAAUAUUUUCGAAAUUUUAAUCAUGAAUUGAUUAAAAAUAACUGCAGUGGUGUUAACAUUAAUCACCAUUCAGUGUGUAAUUACCAAAUUUGUUUAGAAUAUGACCAAUAAAAUGUUCCACAUAUGUAUGCCACGUUACCAUUCCCUUUAUCUCGAACUGGACUUGAUUGAAUGCGACUUGAACUUACAAUGAUCAACACAAUGGUAGCAACUUGCGUAUCAGAAACUGCUGCUUUUAUUAUUUAGCCGAUCGAAUUCUACCCGCUUUUAUUUGUUUUUGUUUUGUACUUUUUUGUUGACUGUUACCUGUCUUUUCGUCAUUUUUCGAUCGACCCUGAUGUUGUCUGUUUGUAAGUGUAGUCUCAAAGAAUACAUUCAAAAUAACAACUGAACAAUACGCUUCCGAUAUAAAGUUCUCCGGAAGGGUAAGCAGAUCCUACUCCUCACGUGACACCCAUAAUGUUUAUCAUGUUGAAUACAAAUUCGUUGAUGAGUCUCAAUCGGUGAUGUUAGCAUCGAGGAAAGGAGGACGGGAUUAUGGUAACGACAAGUUGAACUUAUCUGUUGUCAUCUUUGACACACAUAUUCCAUAACAAUCAACCAACUGGUACAUAAAAAUUCGAUGGGAUAAAUAUUACUUUACCAAGUAUAACCCUUAAUUCAAUAGCUUUCUUGCUAGCAGCAACUCUCUGUCAAGUAAAUCAUGAUAGGAAAUUCAAGUUCUAGAGUAGGGUAUCAACUGGGAGAUAUAUACUCAUCAUGUAGGCGAUGCUCGAAGGUUGCGACUUUGUAAAUUAAAAUGGAAAGUUCACAAUUAGGAAAACUUAAACCUGGUUUUAAAGCUAGCUAAACCUCUCACUUGUAUGACAGUCGCAUAAAAUUCCAUUAUAUUGACAACAAUGUGCGAACAAAACAAACAGACAUAAUAGGUAAAAAUGUCAAAAAUAGGGGUACAGCAGUUAUUGUGUUAUAAUCUUAAUCACUAUAAACACAAAGAAAAAUGUCAACAAAGAAAAACAAAAUGGCAUAAAGACAAAGCACAUAAGCAAAAAAUGAAAGACGGGAAUAGAAAAAAAUGACCAAAGCAGAAUAACACAAUGGUGGGAUGUAUAAGUACUGAGCAACACCAAAUAAAUAUUACCAAAAAUGGACUGAACAGCAAAGGUUGAUAAUUUACAAAGACAAAUAAAAGAACACUAUAACACGUAAUUAAGAUGAUAAACAACAUCAGGACCUAGAAUCUAUACUUCAAGACCAGCAUGUAGUUUUUGUGAAGUUGAUACGGAAUAUGUAUCAACACGGUCUUGGUAUCUUCCUAUAAACUUUUUAAGAAAAUGGCCGAGACGUUCUUUGACAUAGCCCUGGUUCAUCAACUUUCUGCUCAGACACUGGUAACGUUUUAUAAAGACUGAGUAGCAGCUGCAAGCUCUUGAAAGCCGAAUGAGUUGGAAAAUAUUAAUAUCCCAUAUGCAGGUGAAGUUGGUAUAUUACUUCUAAGGUGAGGAUUAUAAUUACCUUACCUGUAUUUUGCGAGAUCUUUUGGAUUAUUUGGUCCUCAAUGCUCUUCAACUUCGUACUUUAUUUAGCCUUUUUAACUUUUUUGAUUCGAACAUCACUGAUUAGUCAUUUUGAGACGAAACACGCGUCUGGCGUAUAGAAUUGUAAUCCUGGUAUCUAUGAUGAGUUUAUUUACUUCAAUAUUUUUUUCAAGUUCGAAGGAAUAAAUGCGUUCAAUACACUAGUAGUCAUGAAACAUUGAAUUAUUUACUAAAAUAACAUCAUCUUAAUACCGGAACUUAAGGUUAACGUAUAAUGCUAGUUUCUUUUCAUUUUUUUCCCAGAAGCUCUUGUAUAAAGUAUGCAAAAUAUGAACAAAGAAUUAUCAUUACCGUUUAUAUCUUACUAUGCGGUAUUGGUUUUGCUCAUUGCUGAAGGCCGUACGGGAACCUUUAGUUGUUAACUUCUAUGUCAUUUAGUCUCUGGUGGAGAGUUGUCUCAUUGGAAAUAAUACCACAUCUUCUUAUUUUAAAUCGGGGAAUAAAAAUGAUAUGAAUCAAACGUGCAGUGAAUGCUCCUUUAUUUUUCGAUUAACAACAUGGUUGCAUUGUCUUUGUGAUGCUUUAUGCUGAAAUAAUGUAAAGUUUCCGAAAAAGCCUCUUUCCAAAUCUUAAUUUUGGAAGAUAUUACUUUUCAUUAACCAUCAUUAUAUUAGUGGGUAUAUCUGAUACAUAAGUCAUCUAUAUUAUUCUGAUAGACGUUUGAGUAAUAUAGAAAUAAGAAAAUGGGGUAUGAUGGCCGAUGAGACAAAUAUCCACCAGAGACUAAUUAACAUAUAUGUAAGAAACUAUAAGUCACCGUAGUUUACCAUGAAAUUUUGGUCCAAUCAGCUUGAAACCUAGUACACAUGUUGGUUUCAAUGUGAACUUCCAUAAUCUAUGCCAAAUUCAGAAUUCGACCCAGAUUUCACGGUUAAAGCAGGGCAUGGUGUGCUAUGGGCAUAUGUUCUUAUUGCUGUCUGUCUGUAUAUAUGUCAUUUGUAUAUCCCCACUUAUCAUAUGACUAAAUUUGUGGUACUUUGAUAAUUUGCAUAGCGGCCAUAUUGCCUUAUCAUGACGACAGUCAUUACAAUACGAUUAUACAUUCCCCUAAAUUUAGAAUGCAAAUUUGCAAAUUCCUAAGGCGAAUCAACAAUUUGUCCAGAAAUAAGUGAAGUGUAUAUGUUUGUUGCUUUCUGUUCGUGUACAAAUAAACAGUGUCUAUCUUGAAAACUUUCUGCCUUUUCAGUUUGAAAUUCGUAAGCGUAACCGUAGUAUAAUUGCUAUAGAAAAUAACGAAAAAUCGUAAAAAAGCAAGAUUACAAAUAGAAAUAAAGAUACAAGAAGAGAUUGUCAUGAUUUGUCCGCAUAUAGGGAAAAACCUUGCAGGCUGAAUAUUUGGGUUAAAUAACUUUUAUCUACCUGCUUUCUUAUUUUUCGGCCUAAUUCUUUUUAAAACAUGAUGAUUUCAUACUUCCCAUUUCGUAAAUUUUUCCUAAGAAUUACACAACAUGUUUUUUAAAUAUUCGCUCAAGGAAGUUUUCAAUGACACAUUAGUCAAAGAUCCAAUAUGGAAUAAAACUGGAUUAUAUAUAUAUAUAUAUAUCCGCAAAUUUGAUAUGAUUUAAAUUAAACAAAGGAAAGUAAUUUAUUCAAAAGAGAAAAAGUCACGUGGUGCAAAUCAUAUGAAUAAAGUACCUAGGAUUUUGUCAUAUGUAUAAGGAGGGGUAUACUAUUUUAACGUUGUCUGUCCAUCCCUUUGUCUAAUAAAAUUUCCGUCGCAUUUUUCUCUGGAGUCUUAUAAAUAAGAGCUUGUGUAUCAGGCUUUAAGCUUAAAUGAGCAUGUUAUACAGUAGGAUGCUUUUGAACAUUCAUUGCUCCUUUAGUUUUUAUGUAUGUAUCAUUCCACAAUUCUUUUUUUUUUUCAGUAACAAUGAAUUUUUUGUCAAUUUUGAAGAAAUGUUUUAUUUCCUUUUAUAGUAUUUACUCUGUGCUAACACAAUUCAUUUAACUGGCAAAUAAAAGAACCAAAGAAGAAUAAAUUAAGCCAUUAUUAUUCUAAACGUCUGCAUUCUUGCAGUCUCAUGAAUGGUACUAUUCGUUAAUUCCCCUACUGAACAUGAUAUAUCUGUUUGUAGUACUCUGAAAAGGCUGAAAUAAGUGUUUUGUCUAGAAAAUUUUAGCAGAGAUAGGGAUAAUUUAUGAUAUAUUUUGCAAAAGCCAAAAUGAUUUGAUCUGUGUUGUGCUUACAAAUAUUGAUUUGAUGUUGAAAUGCAGUUGUAUAAUUGAUCAAGUUCAUUUUUCUUUAUAUUUGACUAAUUUCUAAUCGAGUCAUAAAUGAGACUUGUAAAUAUUGAAGCGAUUUUUUUUUAAUAACAGGUAGUUUAAAGAUUAGGAUUAUAUGUCCUUCCAAAUGACGGUUUGUUAUAUGAUAACUGCCUUUACACUUAUUCAUGGCAUUAAACUCAUCUGAAUAAUUCAUUGUAUUUCUUCACUCAGAUGGAGCCUUGCUUCUUUGCAUUUGUUGUAUCAUUAGAUACAUGUAAGUCAGAUUUUUAUUUGUGAUUGAUGUCUCAACAUUUUUAUGAAAACUUCAAUUGAAAAUCGUCCUGGUUGUUAUUAUUUUGAAUAAUAUGAAAUAUUUAUGAUUAGCAAUACAUUGUUAAAAAUCGUCUUUCUUUAUUUGUAUAACACAACUUCACAUACAUGUAAAAGUUGAUCUCUUAUUAAAUUUUCAAUAGUUUA